GAAAGUUCUUCCAGAGCAGCUCCUCCGUCCCUGAGUACGAAGAGGAUCUUGUGCACGCACGCGGCUCCGUGGACGCCGUUCCAGGGUGCUGCUUCUACAGUCUUUGGAGGAUUUCCUCUCCCUAGCGCGUUUUCUGUAUCUGUAAAGAAAAGGCUUGGUUUAUCUACGGCUGAGUCGUCGUCGUGUCUGCACGUUGUAUUUUAGUAAUACGUACUCUCUGUGUGUGUCCGUACCGCUCUUUGGUAAUUCUCCAUAAUUAGCGCGUGACCCUCUGGGUUUUUUUUUGCUCCAUAAACGGCUGUCCGUGGUGUGGCUGAAUGGAAUGCUGCACUUCGUUACGGGGGUGUACAACAGCCUCUUUAGCACGCCGGAGUACCAUGUGCUGAUUGUUGGCCGCGAGUGUGCCGGCAAGUCAACCUUGCUGGAGCAGCUGAAGUUUCUCUACACGCCGGCCACGCAGCAGCGCGAGGCCGAGCAGCUGCUGGAGGAGAAGCACCGCACUGCUAAGACACCGUCCAACGGUACGCUCGAGUCCUCCACAUCUUCGCUGACGGCGCCGCGACACACGGUGCCACCGGGCACACCGCUGCGUGCGACGUCCGCCUACAUGGCACAGAAGCGAAUACGCCCUACCGUGGGGCUUAACUACGCCGUGGUGCAGCAUCGCUUUAGCCCUCCCGUGACGGUGGUGAGACGCGUGAAAAGGUCGGAACUGCGCACCAAAAAUGUGGACUCCUUACCGCCACUGCCGGCAGAUAUCUUCGCCGAACAGCGCGCGCGGCAGCAGGCGCUGCUGGCUAAUGCUCCCAGCGACGCCGUCACGCGUGUUGUGCUACGUGAUUUGGGCGGCCAAACCGCACUGCGGGAUCUGUGGGAGAAGUACUACGCGCAGACACAGGCGCUCGUGUACGUGGUGGACAGCACGCUGCCUUUUCGAUCUCCUGCUGCCCCGACAUCUUCUUCCUCCCCCGCAGCGGUGUUGCAGCCUUCCGGGCCACCACGGGACCACUUCACCAAAAAGGAGCUGGAAGACCUUUACCGGCCCGAUCGUCAGCUCUUGGCGAAGCUGCUGCAGCAUCCACUGCUGGAGGGCGUCCCUGUCUUACUUCUGAGCAACAAAACAGAUGAAACACCGCACAUGCCACUGGAGAGACUGCAGGAGGCGAUGUGCCUGGCGGACUUGGCGGCCGACCGAGCAUUCUACGUGCGAGAACACAUUAGCGAUGAGGCCCCAACGUCGAGCGAUGCGCACAGCGAUACGGGCAAUCCGUCUCCUGCAAUGAACGGAGCGACAACCGCCACUGCUGAAUCAACUGCGGCCUUGUCGCGUCACUCCACACGCGUGGGGUUACCUCAGCGGCGUAUGGGCGAAAGCGGGUUCGGCGAGAUUGUCUUGCGCAUCGUCGAGAUCAGCGCGAUGGACGGGACGGGGGUGGCAGGGGCGAUGGACUGGUUGGUCGCGCAGCUUCUCUUCCACGCGCGAAACGUGAGCGCCGAUGCGUGA